UAUGAGCGUGAACUGAGUGCAUUAAAUGCACGGCUGAGGGAAAUGCAGUUGCAUAAUGAUGAAAUUACAUGCAGUAUGCAGCAGGCUGUUGAACAGUGUGACGGCUUGACUGAGAUCAAUAAACAACUUCAAUCUCAAAGGGAUGCUAGUGAGUUGAGAGAAAGCAAUAUGGCGUCUCAAUUGAAAAUACUGCAAACAAACAAUACGCUAGCAAUGGAGCAGCUGCAAAGAUUUGUUAAUACUCAUCAAACUAUUGUAAAAAGAUGGAGAGAAGAGUACAAGCUGCUUGCCAUAAAGUUCAGAACACGAUUGAAAGAGAACAAAAAUUUGUUGAAAGCAGAAAAGAAAAACAACAAAAAACUAUCGAAAAAAUUGGAUGAUUUGAGAAGGAAGUUGGAGCUGAUGUCAGACUCAGAUAGUGAUUCAGUACAUGAAGCGGGUGACACAGGUUGCCAAGAUUUGAAUGAUACUGGAAGCUAAUA